UGGCUCGCGUGAAUGUCGAGCAUAUCGAGCGCAAAGAGAGUCCCAGGUCUGGACUCCCCCCUGUGUAUCCGCCUAAACAUACUAAAAAAAUCAAAGCCUGUUUAUAACAAACAAUCAAGGAAACCCUGAAUACCCCAAAGUACGCACACAACCCUGGGCAAGCGAUAACAAUCAAGUCACGUGACCUCGCAACCAAAAUGGCGUCCACGUCGAAGAGGGCAAGCUUGGCCUUUAAUAAACUUGCUAUCGGGAAUUACAACCUUGGCGAGACUUUGGGAGUGGGGACAUUUGGUAAAGUAAAACUUGCUGUGCAUCAGCUAACAGGACACAAGGUGGCUAUCAAGAUUUUGAACCGGAACAAGAUAAAGUCUCUUGAUGUUGUUGGCAAAAUCAGACGAGAAAUACAAAACCUAAAGCUUUUCAGGCACCCUCAUAUAAUAAAAUUGUACCAAGUAAUCAGUACACCCACGGACAUAUUCAUGGUGAUGGAGUAUGUCUCGGGAGGGGAGUUGUUUGAAUACAUCUUGAAGCAUGGAAAGUUAGAGGAGAAAGAUGCCAGAAGGUUUUUCCAGCAGAUAAUAUCAGGUGUUGACUACUGCCAUCGCCAUAUGGUUGUCCACAGGGAUCUGAAGCCUGAAAACCUACUACUUGACUCUCAGCUGAAUAUCAAGAUUGCAGAUUUUGGUCUGUCUAACAUCAUGACAGAUGGGGAGUUUUUACAAACAAGCUGUGGCUCUCCUAACUAUGCUGCCCCUGAAGUCAUAUCUGGAAAGUUAUAUGCUGGCCCAGAAGUUGACAUUUGGAGUGCAGGUGUCAUACUCUAUGCUCUACUUUGUGGCACACUUCCUUUUGAUGAUGAACACAUCCCUACACUCUUCAGGAAAAUCAAAGGUGGUGUCUUUCAUGUCCCUCCUCACCUUAGCUCUGGCCCGGCAUCUCUGCUCAAUGCCAUGCUUAAUGUUGAUCCAAUCAAGAGGGCCACAGUUCAAUUCAUCAAGGAGGAUGAUUGGUUCAAAACAGAACUUCCUGGCUACCUGUUUCCCGCCACCGAGUUAGGUAGCAAUGUUGUAGAUGAUGAAUGUAUGGCUCAAGUCUGUGAGAAAAUGAACUGCCAGAAGGGAGAUGUAAUAACUGCGCUGAACUGUGGUGAUGCACAUGACCAAUUACGGGUAGCCUACCAUCUAAUCCUCGACAACAAGCGAAUGCGCAUGCUUGCUGAAGGCUCAAGUCAUGUGGCUAAUUUCUACUCAUCCAUCUCACCCCCAACCUCUUCAUUCACUGUCAAGGAUUACCAAAUGACGAUAACGACUACUGCCCAAGGUUCUCCAUCUUCGUUGACAGCCCAGCCGCGGCACAGAGCAGGGUCACUGCCGACCACACCGACUAAGAAGUACCCAUACUUGAAGCUAUCACAGGGCAAGAGACCCAAGUGGCACCUGGGCAUCCGCUCCCAAAGUGAACCAAAUGAUAUCAUGUCUGAGGUCUACCGUGCCAUGGUCACGCUCGGAUAUGAAUGGAAAGUAGUCAACCCGUUUCAUCUACGAAUCAAGGGAAUAAACAAAGUCACGGGAAAAUGUUCGAAGAUUGGUCUUCAGAUGUACCAAGUAGACCGCAAGAGCUAUCUCUUGGACUUCAAGAGUCUGAGCGCGCCGGAGAAGUGGACAGAAAACGAUGGAUGCAAUCAAAACGCGGGCUCGGGCCGGUCUUCACGUCGAUCAUCUGCCAACUCGUCUUAUAGCAGUCUUAAAGACUCACAAUUGAGCGAGCAGAGCCCUCCAGCAGCAAAGGAAGUGCAAAACCAUCACAUCAUGGAUUUCUUGGAAAUGUGCUCUAAUCUUAUCAUUGCUCUUGCGUGCUGAGCUGGACCGUGUACACGUGACCCACCGAGCAAUUGCGUCACAAAUAGUCCAAGGCAACUAACAACCCUGUUUGGAGCGGGGGUCUUUAUUAAAGAGGGGGAGUAAGAUAUGGCGGUAUUGGGUAUAACAACCCACUUCAAUUGUGUUCUGUUAUAUUUAGGGAGAUAUAAUGAUGGUGUAUGCCAAAUUAAGGUAUGGUGUGGAUGAUGCAGUAAAAACCCGCGAGUAAAAAAAGGGUCGGCACCAUUUGUAUAAGAACCCGUUUCGACUAAUUUAUUUUGGAAAAAUGUUUACCACUCAUUGACCGAGUGUGCGGUCAAUAAUGACGACGUCAAUAAUGUAUUUAUUGUUUAGCGUUUUGAUAGGCUUUUCCAUCACACAGGGGCGGUAAGGGGGAUCCCAGCACGUUUCACGAGUUUCAAAAAUCGGAAAUCGCGUUUCACGAUAGACUGACUACAAGGAUCAAUCUUUACUCGAAAAUCACAAUUCACGAUUUUUAAAGAGCAUAAAUCACGUUUCACGCUGAUCAAAUUUCGCCAUUCACGAACCACGGCGAAGGUAUCAAUCACGGAUCACGGUUUUUAAUUUGUUCUUUUCAAAAAUACCACGCCCCUUACCAGUGUUGCGUUGUUUCUUAGCGGGCUGUACGGGAAUGUACGGCUCACUAAAAUAACCUAAUGAGCGCGUGUUCUGUGGCAUCGUAGCUGUAAAAUCAAGGUUCUUACUCGCAGGUUUUCGCUGUAUGGCAAAUAAAAUUAAAGGAAUAAACACUAUCAACGCGAAUAGGAUAAGAUUUUUUAUUAGAUAAAGGAAUAUAUAAUGUUAAAUAUAGAAGCCAAAAUUCGAUUGAAUUGAAAAUAAAACGACUUUUUUGAC